GUGCUGGCCAAAAAAAAAUAGAAAAAAGAAAAAUACCAAAAAAAACCCAAUAAAAAACAAAUAAAUACGAACCAAAAGUCGCGAAAUCAUAAGGAUAAAUCCGGAAAUAUGUCCACCAUUGAGUUCGAGACGAUCGGCAGUCGGCUGCAGUCCUUGGAGGCGAAGCUCCAGGCGCAGAACGAGUCCCACGACCAGAUCGUCUCCUCUGCCCGCGUUCCGCCCCUGGCCACAUCCGCGUCCGCAUCCGCCACCACAUCCGCAUCUUCGCACGGAAUGGGAAUCGGCUCCGGAAUCAGCAUAGCCCAGCGGCCAGCACCUCCAGUUCCUCAUGCGACGCCCAUCGCCAGUGCCAAUGCCACCGCCUCGUCCUCAUCCGCAUCCGCAUCUGCAUUCGCAUUCGCAUCCGCCUCAACAUCCGCAUCUGCCUCAUCCGCGUCCGCAGCUCCGUCGACGGGCGCCUUCGGCGGAACAUACACCCCGCCCACAACCAGAGUGCCGCGAGCCACGCCCACACUGCCCCUGCUCUCAAGCGGUCCCGGUGGCGGUGGCGGAUUCAACCGGACGCGACCGGUGAUACUUCCGCUGCCCACGCCGCCGCAUCCGCCGGUUUCGGAAACGGACAAGAAGCUGAAGAUAAUCAUGGAGCAGACCGGCAAGCUGAACAUCAACGGGCGGCAGUAUCCGACGGACAUCAACGACCUCAAGCACCUGGGCGACUUGGGCAACGGGACCAGCGGCAAUGUGGUGAAGAUGAUGCACCUGUCCAGCAACAUGAUCAUCGCCGUGAAGCAGAUGCGGCGCACUGGCAAUGCGGAGGAGAACAAGCGCAUCCUGAUGGAUCUGGACGUGGUGCUCAAGUCGCACGACUGCAAGUACAUUGUCAAGUGCCUGGGCUGUUUCGUUCGCGAUCCGGAUGUUUGGAUCUGCAUGGAGCUGAUGUCGAUGUGCUUCGACAAGCUGCUCAAGCUCUCCAAGAAGCCAGUGCCCGAACAGAUUCUGGGCAAGGUCACAGUGGCGACGGUCAACGCAUUAUCCUAUCUGAAGGACAAGCACGGGGUCAUCCAUCGCGAUGUGAAGCCAUCGAACAUUCUGAUCGACGAGCGUGGGAACAUAAAGCUCUGUGAUUUCGGGAUCAGCGGUCGCCUGGUGGACUCCAAGGCCAACACACGAUCCGCCGGCUGUGCAGCUUAUAUGGCGCCGGAGCGCAUCGAUCCCAAAAAGCCAAAGUACGAUAUUCGCGCCGAUGUGUGGUCCCUGGGCAUAACGCUGGUGGAGCUGGCCACCGCGCGAUCCCCGUACGAAGGAUGCAACACGGACUUCGAGGUGCUGACCAAGGUGCUGGACUCGGAGCCGCCGUGUUUGCCCUACGGCGAGGGUUUCAAUUUCACUCAGCAGUUUCGAGAUUUCGUCAUCAAGUGCCUCACAAAGAACCAUCAGGAUAGACCCAAGUAUCCGGAGCUGCUGGCCCAGCCCUUCAUACGGACCUAUGAAAUAACCAAAGUAGAUGUGCCCAAUUGGUUUCAGAGCAUCAAGGAUAGCCGGCUGCGCGCCAACGGCGAUCCCAAUCCGCUCCAGAGGGCCACGGCGACUGGAAGUGGAGGCGGUUCUGGAUGCGGAUCUCUCGCAGGAUCAGGAUCCGCAGGUGGAUCAGGAGCCAUCAAAUAUGGUAGGACAAUGGCGCAGAGUCCCACGAAUCCGCAGAAGACAAUAAAACCCACUCAGAUACCGAGUUACCAGCAGCAGCAGCAGUCGCAGUAUUUCAUGCAAUCAGCCACACAACUACCUCAAACAACAACACCAACGGCAACGACAAACUGUUUUGGCGGAAGCGGAAACGGGAGAGGAAACGGAAAUGGCAGCGGUAGCGGCAGCAGCAGCAGCGCCAGUCCUCUAUCGCCACCCAGCGGAGGCGGCGGCGUCGGCGAUCUCAACCGGCUGUAUCGCAAAUCGCCGUUCAUGCAGCGAAAGCUGAGCAACGGAUCGCAUCAUCCGCACUACAAAUACAACGACGAGAGCCCCAAGAAGGAGUCCAUGUUCAGUAGCAUCGGUCAAUCGAUUCUACGCAAUCUGACCACAUCGCCCUUCAGCCAAAAGAAACACAAUUCAGCAGCAGCGACUGCAAUAACAAUACCACUGCCGCACAACAACCAAACAACAUUAUUCACGGAUGCCGCAACAGCAACAGCAAACGCAAUUGCAACAGCGACGGCAACAACACCGCCAAAUAUUGCAGCUGCAGCAGCAGCAGCAGCGCCCACGACAACGCCAACAGCCACGCCCACUUGGCGCCUGCCAGCGGAUAAUUCCCAAGCCUACGACAGCUGUGAUAGUAGUAGUAAUGCGACCACGACCCUCAACUUGGCCCUAUCCUCACCCUCGCCCUCGUUGCCGCGCAAGCAAUUCGCCACGGAAUCGCCAACCCUACAGCUCGCCAGUCAGCAGCAGCAACAGCAACCACAGCGAUUGCAGCCGGGCAAUCAGAGCCCCAUAGUGCUGCAGCGCUUCUACCACCAGCAGAACCAGCUGCGCGAGAAGGAGGCGGCCGAGCGGUAUCAACAGCAGCGCCAGCAGCCGCAGACCAUCGGAGUGACCAGCACGAAUCCGUUUCACAGCAACUAUGUGCCGCCGCCGCCAUCGACGCACUCGACCUCUAGUCAGUCCUCCACGCAGUCGACGUGUUCGCAGAUCGCCGUCAAUCCCGCCAGCCUGUCACCAUCGACGGGAUCAGGAGGAGAUGCAGCAGCUGGUCACUUUGGAGCCGGUGGCAAUGGUGAGCCGUUGCAGUACCAACCGCUGCCCAUUGCCGCCGAGGCAACGGCGACGAGUCCCACGCUGCUGCCCAGAUCCCCGGAUCCUCAGCAGUCGGACUACGGCGCUGGCGGCAGUUCCAUGGUGGCCAGCAAGCUGAGCAAGCUGUACGCCCGCCGGCAGCUUUUGGGCCAGAGUUCGAGCAGCGGGGCGAGCAGCAGCAGCCUGGAUGGAUGCUCCCGCGAGCAGCACGAUGCUGGCUGGUUCAACACCCUCGCCGGCGCCAUGAAGCGGCAGUUUGCCACCUAUGUUAAAACCCAAUUGAAUUCCACAGCCACGUCACCGGUGGCGGCGUCGGCGGCGUCGGCCAGCAUGGAUCGGGAUCAGGAGCCAGUGCAUCCGCAGCCGCCGGCCUACAGGAGCAUCGUGAGCAACAACGGCAGCGGCGGCAAGUCCUACUACUAUCGCACCCUGUCGGCGGCCAGCAGCAGCAGCAACACCAGCCAAAGCACUUCGCCGACGACGGAACCUCUGCCUGGUGGCGGCACCAGCAGCUUCCUGCGACGCUACGCUAGCAGCGGACCAGGAAUGACCAGCAGCGGCGGCGGUGGCAGCAUCAGCACGCCGCCCAGUCCGCACAUCUUGGCCGGAUUGGAUCGCAGGCACCGCAGUCCGGAUCCACCGCCGCGCUACAAUCGCGGACAAUCGCCGCUGCUGCUGCGCAAGAAUCUGCUGGAGCUGAGUGGCCAGCCUCCUGGCUCGCCGCUUCUGCACAGAAGAUAUGUUUCGGCCUCGCCACCGCUGCCGCCGCCGCGUCGGGGAUCCGAAAGCGUGCCGGGAUCGCCGCAGCACUUCCGCACCCGCAUCCACUACACACCCGAGCCCCAGAGACGCAUCUACCGCACAAUAGAUCAAUGAGUGGCGCUGCAAAUCAUGGUCAUGUGAUGCUGGUACGGCUUCGACGACGAUGCCGCCGGUGCCGCUGAUCAUCCGGAGGGGGCAGAGCUGCUGGAGCCCAUCUCCCUGCCCGCCGUCGCGGCGUCAGCGGCCGGCGACUCGCUGUCGAUGCCGGCAUAUGCCGAUCCGACUGGGAUGAACCGGCGCAUCGGUUGCGGUAUCGGUCGUCGGACGUGCUCGGCCAGCGGAUCGUAUGCCAGCUUGUAUUCGGAUAGGAAUGAAUGGCCAGGAGGAUC